GGCAUCAGUUAUCCAUUCAGCUGGCGUGCAGUAAUAUCAACUAAAACAACAUGAAGGUCUUAAUCAUCGCCGUUUUAAUUGCUGCUGUUGUUGCUGACCAAGCACCCUAUUAUCAGCCUAGCUACUACCCCGAAUACAAGCCGGAGUACAAGCCAGAGUAUAAGCCCGAAUACAAGCCGGAGUACAAGCCGGAGUACAAGCCGGAGUACAAGCCGGAGUACAAGCCAGAGUACAAGCCGGAGUACAAGCCAGAGUACAAGCCGGAAUACAAGCCAGAGUACAAGCCGGAAUAUCCAACUCAAAGACCGUACUACGCAGAACCAGCUUACAAACCCACUUACCCAGAAUACAAGCCAGCUUAUACCGAGCACAAACCGGCUUACCAUGAACCAACGUAUGCCCACCCAGCCCCAGCCUACAAACCCGCAUACAAGCCUGCGUAUCCGGAACACAAACCGACUUACUCGUCUCCACCACAGUAUCCUUCCUACGCCCCAACAUAUCCAGUCAAAUAUUAAAACAAUUGCGUCUAUCAUGUAGCUUAUCAUGUAAAUUUGUCUGCGAUGAAUUUCACUUUGCGUUUCAAUAAAUUUUUUUCGCUCAAGA